AGAGCGUGGAGAGGGAUCCAAAGCAGGCACCAGGAGGAGCCUGCAGUUAUUGCUGCUACCCCCGCCUCCUCCGUUCUGGCCCGGAGGAGUGAGAGGUCUGCUCGCCUUGGACUGCGCGUUUCCAACCACCAGGGACUGGGGGAGACUCGAGCUGCUGUGACCGGGCUACGAGCGACCCUUUUGCCAAAUGGUACCGACAAAACUGCGCGUGGCAGUCAUUGGGGCUGGAGCAGCGGGACUGUGUGCCGCGCGGCACAUCCUUGCCUCUUCUGAGAUUUUUGCUCCACCCGUGGUAUUUGAGUCCUCGGAUCGCUUGGGAGGCACCUGGAUUUACACAGAGGAGAAAGAAGAUGCCACGGGAAGAAUCAUCCAUUCCAGCAUGUACCGGGACCUCAGGACCAAUCUGCCCAAGGAAUCAAUGGCCUUUCCAGAUUUCCCCUUUGACCCAUCACUGCCUUCAUUCCUGCACCACUCGGAUGUUUUGGCCUACCUGGAUAGCUAUGCAGAGCAGUCUGGAGUCUGUGAGCAUAUCAGGUUCCAAUGGCAAGUGGAGGAGGUCAGGCCUGUCCCGAGGGAUGCAGGCAGCCUAGGUGGCUGGGAGAUCACAGCAACAGUGCAGCACCCAGAAUCAGCUCAGCAAGUCACAGAGAACUUUGAUGCCAUCAUGGUCUGCACUGGCCAUUACACUGUCCCAUUUAUACCUCCCAUUCCUGGGUUGGACUCUUUCCAAGGCCAUCUUUUACACAGCCACUCUUACCGCUAUCCAGAGCCCUUUGCCAACCAAUCUGUAGUGCUGGUAGGCGCUGGUCCAUCAGGAGUUGACCUGGCCUUGCAACUCUCUAAUGUAGCUGCUCAAGUGGUGCUCAGCCAUAAUAGGCAACAUGUGUGUGGGCUGCCUAAGGAAGUGAUACAGGUGCCCCCACUUCUGAAGGUGGGGCAAAAGACAGUGGUAUUCACAGACGGUUCCAAGAUGCCAGCCGACGUCUUGAUUCUCUGCACAGGCUACAAGUACAGCUUCCCUUUCUUGGACUUGGCCCAGUUGGGCUUACAAGAGACAGAUUAUGGAGUGGGGCCCCUCUACCAGCAUUUACUGCCCCCUCAGCACCCGUCUCUCUUCUUGAUCGGCCUUUGUCAGCAGAUCUGUCCUUUCCCGCACUUCUACUGCCAGGUGCUAUUUGCGCUGGCUGUGCUAAGUGGGCGCUGUUCCCUCCCUUCUGUGACCGACAUGGAGGCUGAAGUCGAAAGACAGCUGGGACUACAUUUGAAGAAGGGAGGGUUGGCUCGGUACUUCCUGAAGAUGAAGGAACAGCAGUGGAGCUAUAUGGAGGACCUAGCUCACCUUGCUGGAUUCCCACCUGUGCCACCUGCUGUCCAACAAAUUUAUGAAGAUACCCAUGCCAGCCGUCUCUGCAAUGUGAGCACCUAUCGUAGCAGAAACUAUCGGCUAUUGGGCCCAAGUGCUUGGGAGUUGGUGCAGGAUUGGGGUGAGAAUUGCAUGAAGACUGAAGAUGCAAAAUAAGGAUCCUUCCUUCCCAUGUAGCAUUCUUCUCUCUCCCUCUGUGUGGUUUUCCUUCUAAGGCCCAACUGCAGUCAGGGGAAGUUGGGCCAAGAAUUGCUGGGUGAGAUGAAGAAGGAAGCAAGUCCUCCCAUGGCAUCAU